AUGAACCGGCGCUCUCGACGUGGUGCGCUCAUUGCGGCACUCGUCCUUGUGGGAGGCGCGACGUUGUUAUGGUCGGGGCUCGACGGACCACCAUCGUUCUAUCCGGAUGAAACCCUCAUCGAGCACCAGCACGAACGACCGCCAGUCGGGCUCAAGGCCGGGCCAGCGCGCUAUGAGCAAGUCAACUACCACGACGGCACAUGGGACGAGUUCGACCUCAAUCCCCCACUUCCCCCGGACAUGCUACCCCCACUAGCGUCGAAGACAAAAUGGGGCAUGGACUCAGACCGCGUCGUCGUACAACCGCCACCACCUGACUCCGCACAACCCCACGAAAGCCUACCAGGCGUAGCAGACGAUACCCUCGAGUCCCCCAAUCUACCCGCGACACCUCCCUCAUCCCAUCCGCUCGACUCCAUCCCUCCCUUCGAAAACGACGACCCCCUUCCAUCCUUCGAAGGCGCACCCAACCUCUCUACUCCUGCACCACGCAUAACCUUUAUCGUCAUCUGGUCCCCGCGGCUAGACACGACCGACGCCUACCUUCCCAACUUCUUCGCGUCCAUCGGCGCGAACCCAUCCAUCGAACUCCUACUUAUCAAGAUCGACAAGUACGGCCUCAAAGACGGCGGAUGCGAGAUUCAGCAUGCGGCUGGGAUACCCAAUGUAAGGGAGGUAUGUCUGGGAAUGGAGGAGUAUCUCGCGUUCCAUGUGGCGUACCUGUGCGAUGUGUGGGGUUGCGAUGAUCGUGAGAGGGAGACGGUCAAGAGGCUGGUGGAUGAGCGCGCGGAGGGGGAUCAGUACAACUCGGCGUACAGGCCAUUCCGCGCCGAGGUGUUCAAGAAGUGGAUGCGGCCUGACGUGCACUUAUGGGGCUGGUGUGAUCUUGACAUGAUGAUGGGCAACGUCGAGCGCACGUUCCCGUGGGAUCUUGCAUCCGACUUUGAUGUCUACGUCGGUGCGGCUCCAUCUGAGCGGUCAAAGGUGCAUAUGUUCAUGCCCGGACAUAUGGUCGUCUUCCGCAAGAGCCCCGAAGUCGCACGCGCCUUCUUCGCGCUACCCGAGAUCCAGAACGUCCAUAACUUCGAGACUAUGCCCUGGAUCAUUCGUCCGAACUGGGCCGGAUGCGAGGAAGCCGAGUACUCGUACACGCUGUUCAUGCUCACGGACCUCACAUUCCUUCGCUUCGACGCCAUGGUCAACGCAUGGCACCACCUCUCCACCCUCAAUGGCGUCUACGGCAUCGAGCUUGCGCACUGGAUGCCUCAUUCUCUCCUUUCCGGCCCUCCUGAAUCCGAUGACCUUCUCACGACCGACGGCGCAUUCACGCAUCCAGCCGGUCGCGCCGUAGUCAACUCUGUUCUGCGCGACCGCGAGGAGAACGCUCCGAGAAGAGGGAAUGGAGUGGGUGAGAGGAAGACGUUCAGUGAUAAAGGCCAGGAGAUGGAAGUGCAGCUGAGGAGCGAUCCGGAGAUCUUGAGUGAUUUCAUCGUAUGGUUCGAUGAGAAGUACGCGGUGUUGUACGAGAGUCCGCUCGGGCACCGGUGGGAUAACAACGGGCAGCAAGCCAACAGGUACGCGAUGCGUCGUACGCGUGGUGGACCUGUCGUCGAGCGCUUCGAGCCGGUCGACUAUACACUUAUCCCCGCAACGAUCCCACACGAAGGAUGGGUGUACAGCCAAGGCAACCGCCCGUGGAUCCGCGAGUUGAUGUACAACCACUAUCAAGGCGAGAAGUACGCAUCGUGGUACGCUCUCCCGGAGAAGCCGCUCGCACAGGGAGACGUGCUGUACACGGCGAAGGACUCUGGCGCGUUCGUGUGGGACAAGGAGGGAAAGAUGCUGUUCCAAACUGGGGAAGCGAUGGUGAAGGAGCCGUCGCUGGAGGUGAGGUAG